AUGGUCACGAAUACUACAAACCAUGAGGCAGACCGACCAUUCCUCACACGAGCAUACAAAUUGAGCGGCGUUGACGAAGCUCGCGACCUCUACAAUGAAUGGGCAGCUACUUAUGACCAAGAUCUAGCCGACCCAUCACAUGAUUGGGUAGCACCCGCCCUCACUGCCGCGGCACUGCUGGACUUCUUCAGCGAUGCUAACAGCAGUGAAACUCCACUCCAGAUCCUCGACGCCGGCUGCGGUACAGGAAUCGUUGGUGCGGCACUGGCCUUGCAAACUCCAGCUCGAGAUCCAAAGAUCAAUACCGACAUCGAUGGCAUCGAUUUGAGCACAGGUAUGCUCGACGUCGCGCGUAAGACCGGCGCGUACAGGCGUCUCGACACGGCUGAUAUGUCCGGGUCGCUGGAGUCGAUCGAGGAUGGGUCUUACGACGGUGUUAUAUGCGUAGGUGUGCUGACGCAGGGCCAUGUUGGGCCUGGCGUGCUCCGGGAGUUCUCCAGGUUGCUGAAAACUGGUGGCUGUGCAGCUGUCACAGUCAGAGAGGAUAUUUGGGAAUCGGGUGGGUAUAAAACUGUUGUUGAGGGGUUGGAGAAGGAAGGAAAGAUAAAAGUGGUGAGAAAUACAUCGGAGGAUUCGUUGAGGGGGGCAAGUAUUAAGAUGAAGUUGUUAGUACUAGAACGGUUGUGA